AUGCGGAAUUUACUAUUUCUGGUGUUGGCGGCUACUCUGUCUUCCAGCAUUGCCUACGAGUUGACCGAUGAAUGCUUGGCUUGCAUGUGCUUCGUCUCCAGCAAUGGCUGUAAGAUGCCCGAGCCAGUGUGCCAGAACAACGGCUGGGGGGAGGUGUGCGGCCCCUGGGCAAUCACUCUUUAUUACUGGAUGGACGGAGGAUACCUAAAUGGAGACUUCUACACGUGCGUCGAGGACUGGGACUGCAACGAGGCGAGCGUCCGGGGUUACCUCGCCCGCUACGUGACCAGCCCGUAUGCCGACUGCCAGUAUUACGCCCGGACACACGCGGGCGGGCCGAGUGGACCCAGUAUGGACUUCACCCUCGAUUACUGGUUCCAGGUGAAGGCAUGCCUCGACUAUUCCAUGUUCACGCCACCCUCCGUCUGA